GCUCGUGAUCGUUUGGCGGCUAUGAGGGCUCAAAGGCAAGGAGGCCAGUCGGGAUAUUCUACACCGACUUCACCUCAGACAACCCAGCCUUCGUACGAGAUGUCGGGCGUCCAGCAGCCACAGGCUGAGCAGUAUCCUCCUGCGCCUUACAAUGGCAACGGCGCAGGCACAAACGGGUCGGGUGGCAUGGCAGAUUUCUAUGCUGAGAUACAAUCCAUCCAAGACAGGAUCCGUCAGUUCGACGGGAACGUGUCGAGGAUAUCCGAGAUGCACUCGCGCACGCUCAACUCCAUGGACGACUCGCAGCAAAACCACGCAGUGCUCGACGAACUUGUGGGCGAGACUAGGGCUUUGAGCAAUCAGUUGAGAAACCAGAUACAAACGCUGGCGAAACAGCCUACGCCGCCAGGCCAGGACGCGCGGAUACGGCAGAACCAGACCCAGCUGGUCCGGACGCGAUUCAUGAGCGCGUUGCAGAGUUAUCAGGAGGUCGAGAAGGAUUAUCGUGCUCGGUACAGACAGCGUGUCGAGCGGCAGUUCAAAAUAGUCAAACCCGACGCGACCCCUGACGAGGUCGCUGCUGUGGUGAACGAUGACAACGGGGCUGGCAGUCAGAUGUUCUCGCAAGCGCUCAUGUCCUCGACUCGUUAUGGAGAGUCGAGAGCCGCGUACCGUGAGGUCCAAGAGCGGCAUGAAGACAUUCGCAAGAUUGAGCACACCCUCGUGGAGCUUGCUCAGAUGUUCAAUGACCUCAAUGACCUUGUACUACAACAAGAUGAUACAAUCAAUGUUAUUGAGGAAUCUGCGGGACGAGUCGAGACCGACAUGGAAGCCGGUCUCACACAAACCGAGAAGGCCGUCAAGUCGGCACGAGCCGCACGACGCAAGCGUUGGAUCUGUUUCUUCAUCACCCUCAUCAUCCUCGCUAUCGUCGGUAUCGUGGUGGGAGUUGUGGUUAGCCAGAAUGUCAACAAGAAC